ACAAUGACAGUUUUGUAACACAAUUUACUUUUUUUAUGUUAAAUAUUAUUAACUAGGUCAUUAGGUGGACGCUUAUUUAUUUAUUUAUAUAUAUUUAUAUCGAAGUUUAAUUUUAUACGAGGAUUUUGUGAUAAAAAGUGAUUGAAAUAGUAAUUAAGUGACGUGCGUGCAAGAAGGAGUACCUGUUUGCUUGUUGAGGGAUUUUUUGGAAGCACCUGAAGGAAAUUAAAGAUUACGCUGCUGAAUAUGUGAUACGAAAAAAAGUGCUAAAUACAAAGUGUUGUUAUUAAAAAAGUGCAAAUAGUUUUUAACAAAUAUAUAUUUAUUUUAGUUAAAUAAGAUCUGUCUUAACUUUAUCUGAUAUGUUAUAAAUAAUUAAGUGUGUGUGUAUGUUUGAAAAUAUAUAAAUGUGCAAGUAAUUCCCAAGAAAUGUGUUUCUUGGUUGUGAAAUCUUCGUGAAGAAUAAAUAAUAGAAAAAGAUCACAUGCAGAAAUCGAAAGAGGAACUAUUCAUUAGGCCGACUUAUGAAUGUUUAGGAAAACGCCAACUCGGUUCCAAUGCAUUAGCCAGUCAGCUCUACCGCUCGUCCAGUUUCAACUCGUCUGGACGGAGUUCCAUGGUCGACCAGGUCGACUCUGAGAUGAUGUACAACGACGCCUCGCUCGAAGACAACGUGUUGGACCUGAACCACCAGGUGCAGGUUUUGGAGCAGAAAGUAUCGUACCUGGCCGAUUCUCAAGUCGACUCCGAUGACAGGUACAGCAGGGUGAGGGCUGACAAUGCGGUGCUGCAGGCGAGGAUACUUAUGCUGGAGGAGCAACUCAGAGAGGUUGAACUCCGGUCCGAAGAGCGCCUCCGCGAGGAGCAGUCCCGCAACCGAGAUCUCCUGACUCGUGCAGAACGCGAAUCGCGCCUCCAAUCCGAGAACUGCUCCAUCAGAGUGAGGGCGGCGGAGACGGAGUGUGCAGCCUUAAGGCAGGAGGCUGCGAGAGAGAGGACGCACGCCGACAGAAUGAGGCAGGAACUGGAACGUGUGGCGGAGCAGGAGAGAGACAUCAGGAGGGAACUGGAGGAGACCAAAGAGGAGGCCAGGAGGAGAGAGGUGGAGAUGGAUAAGAGGCACAAAGAAGAGUUGAAAGCAUCAGAAGCACUCAUGAUGGAUCUCAAUGACGAAAUAGUUCGGUUGAAAGAAAGAAGAUCUUUACCAGCUACCCCGGACACACUGCCAGAGCAACUUCGAUUAGAAGAACUCCAUAAGGAAAUAAACGAUUUGCGAGAGGAAAACAAAAAUUUGAGAGAAAGCAACGAAGAAUUGCAGGCGGCUGUUUUGAAUCGAAGUGUGGAAGAAGGGCGCAGCCUGUUGAACGGAAAGACGAGCAACAGUUUGGCGGCGGAGCUGGAGGCGAUGUCUAAGGAUGAAGUGAGUCAGGAACAUGCUAUGAAAAUCCAACAAACGCUGAAAGAACUGCAAGAGGACAAUUACAGACUAAGAAGUUACAUCGAUUCGAUAUUGCUGAUUGUCGUCGAAAAUCAUCCGCAGUUGCUGGAAGUUAAACCGAAUUAAAUAGGACUUAAAUAUUAUUAUUGCCUUAAUGAUAAUAGACGAUGCAAUCGAUAGAACUGCCAGGUUAGGGUAAUAUAUAAUAAUCACUCGAUUUAUUAUUUAUAUUUGCUCGAGGAUUAAAUUAAAA